AUGAUGGGGAAAAAGGAAAUAAUACUUAACAAUGUUAAUAAAAAUGUGAAGAAGCAAAUAGGUGUACUUAAAAUAGAUGGUGUUGAGAGUAUUAACUUUACAAAUAAAUCUGCAUCGAUUAUUUACAAUAGUAAUAUAAUUAAUGCAUUAGAAAUAGUUGACACUAUAAAUAGCAUAGGUAUUAAUGGAUAUUUUAUAGAAGAUGAGGAUGUAGAAGGGAAUGGGGGUAAUAGUAAUGAUAUUAUUCAGUUUACUUUUUAUGUAAAUGGUAAUUAUAAUAAUAAUGAAAAUGUGUGUGAUAGUCAAGUUAAUAUAAGCCCAUGUGCCGAAGAUAUGACUUCGAAAGCAUGUGGAGAUAAUUAUGUUGAGUUAGGAGUAUUUGAAGAGAACGACAAACCUAAAAAUAAAAGUUGUUGUGCAAUGAAAAAUAAAGCUAAUAAAUCGAAUGUAAAUGAUGAUAAAGAGUUUGAUCGAAAUGGAAUAGAGAAAACUGAAUUAAAUUUGAACAAAUGUACUAAUAAUAAUGAACCUAAUGAAGAUAGUAAUAAUAAUUAUAUAGAUCAAGGCUCUAUAUAUAAAUAUAAAGACAGUCUUGAAACAAAUAGUGAGGUUAUUAAUAUAUGUAAAAAUAAAUACAACGAAAAUGAUAUAAAUGAUAAGGAAGAGAAUAAUGGGAAAAAAGGAAAAAAAACAUAUGGUGUAUUUAAUAUAUUUCGAAAUAUAACAAAAAAUAAAAAAAUAAAAAGUAAUGAUAGUAUAAAACCUGAAAACAAAAAAUUAUUAGAUGAUACUGAAAAUAUAUAUAAUGAAGAUAGAGUAAAUCCCAAAGGAAUGAAUAAUAAUAAAGCUUUUAAUGAAUAUGAAAAUUAUAUAAAUAAUAAUGAGAAUAUAUAUAUAUGUGAAUUAAGAAUAUAUAAUAUGACAUGUGAUAGUUGUGGAAAUAAAAUAAUAAAUUUUUUAAAAAAAAAGAAUUUAAUUAUAGAUGGUAAUAGUUUUGCUACUGAUGAUAAAAUAAAGUUAAAAAUAAACAUUCCUGAAAAUAUGAGUAGUUAUAAUAAUGGCAUAUCUGAUGGAAUUAAAAACAAUAGUAAUAAUGUAAAAUUUUAUGUGAACAAAAUAAUGUCUGAAAUUAAAGAUAGUGGAUUUAACAAUGAUUUGAUAGAUUUAUAUAAGUAUGAUAAUGUAAAUGACAAUAAUUUAUUUGAUAUAACAUUAUAUAUAUAUAGAGAUGAUUUAAUAAAAGCUUAUAAUUUGUUAGUCCAAAUAAAAGGAGUAAAAAAAGUAGAAUAUGAUAUACAGCAUGAAUACAUUUAUAUUUUGUAUGAUCCUGAUGUUAUAGGAAUUAGAUGUAUGUUAGAAUUACUAAAAAAAAAAAAUAAUAUUGAUGCAUAUUAUGAUGAAGACAAAGAAAAAUAUUUUAGAAGUACAAAAAAUAAUGAAACACAAGCAUCUAGAAAAAUAAUUGAAUUAUUAUGUUGUUUUGUCAUAAGUAUUAUUAUUAUUAUACUUAAUAGUUAUCAAAUGGGUAUGGGAAAUAUGGACACUUUUUAUGCAUAUGGAAAUUAUAAGCAUUAUUUUAAUACAUUCAAAUUUGUUCAUAAUUUAAACAACAAACAUAAAGCAUUUAAUAAUAAUUUCUUUGAACACGAUAAUAUUAGUUUGUCUCAAAACAUACCUUUUGAUGUUUCACAUAAAAUGGACAAUAAUUCUAAUGAAAAUGUAGAAUUUCGAAAGAAAAAAAAACACAAAAAUGACAAAGGAAAAAUUAAGAAAAAUCAACAAGAAAUAGCUUCGAAUGCAGACCUUAAAAAAAAUAGUGACAAAAAUAAUUUAAAUGGAAAAAAAGACAGUUGCAGUCAUACUAAAGAUUUUGAAGAUUCUAUAAAUGAAGAGGAAAAGUCUUUAGAUCCUACGGCGGGUAAACACACUCAGGAUGGUUUAUCAGAGGAGACCGUUAAAAAGAAAACAUCGAAAGGUGUAAAUAAGGAUAAUAGAAAAAAACAUAUAAAGAAAAGAAAUGAUGAUAAAAACAAAGAUAGUGAAAAUGGUGAUAGUUUAAAAACCGAGGACCACGAUGAUAAAAAUAAGGAUAGUGAAAAUGGUGAUAGUUUAAAAAAAGAGGAACAAGAUGAUAAAAAGAAAGAUAGUGAGAAUGUUGAUAGUUUAAAAAAAGAGGAACAAGAUGAUAAAAAGAAAGAUAGUGAGAAUGUUGAUAGUUUAAAAAAAGAGGAACAAGAUAAUAAAAAGAAAGAUAGUGAGAAUGCUGACAGUUUAAAAACUGAGGAACAGGAUGAUAAAAACAAAGAUAGUGAACAUAUUGAUAGUUUAAAAAAAGAGGAACAAGAUGAUAAAAAGAAAGAUAGUGAGAAUGUUGAUAGUUUAAAAAAAGAGGAACAAGAUGAUAAAAAGAAAGAUAGUGAGAAUGCUGACAACUUAAAAACCGAGGAACAGGAUGAUAAAAACAAAGAUAAUGAAAAUGGUGAUAAUUUAAAAAAAGAGGAACAAGAUGAUCAAAAUAAGGAUAGUGAAAAUGGUGAUAGUUUAAAAAAAGAGGAACAAGAUGAUAAAAAUAAGGAUAGUGAAAAUGAUGAAAGUUUAAAAGAAGAGGAAGAGGACGAGGGGGCAAAUUUUUUGUUUGAUUUUACAAUAGAUAAUAAAUCGACAAAAAAUUCUGAGCAUAAUAAAAAUUUAAAGAAACCUGCAAAUUCAAAAAAAGUACCAAAUUUCUAUACCCGUUUUAUGAAAAAAACAGGACCAAAAAAUGUGAACAAAGUAGAAUUGGUUAGAAGUGAUAAAAAUGAAAAUAAUUCUAAUGAAGAAAAUAAUGUAAAUAAAUGCGAAGAACAAAAAAUAUAUAGCAAUGAUAAAAAAAAUUGCGAACAAAUUGAAAAAGAGGAGAAACCUCGAAUAAGGAAAAAUAAACCACGUUCAGAAAAAACAUCGUCGUAUGCACUUUUAAAUAAAUUGUUACACAAAUUUAUUGAUGAUAAAAAUUCUACGGGGAUUUUAGACAAAAAAAUAUUUAAUGUCCUAUCAUUAAGAUUAUUAUUAAUAUAUAUAUUAUCUUCAAUUAUAUAUUUAUUUUUUGGUUAUAAUUUCAUUAUUAGUGGAUAUAAGAAUUUAAAGAAUAAUAUAAUAAAUAUGAACGUCUUAAUUUUUAUUAGUUCAUCAUUUUCUUAUUUUUAUUCGCUAUUUCUUUUAAUAUCAUGUAUAAUAUUUUCAAUAGACAUAGAUGGUAUUCCCUUAUAUUUCGACACAGCUGCAUUAUUAAUAUGUAUAUUAAAAUUAGGAUUUGAAAUCGAACAUUUUUUGGUUCAGUUUUCGAAAAAAAAAAUGGAAGAUCUAUAUGAAAAAACAACAAAGCAUGUUAAUAUUUUAGAAGAAAGAGAUAAAACCCAAGAAGAUAAUAGUAAUUCAAAUAAAAAAGAAAAAACAAAUAACUCAAAUAAAUUGAUAAAGAAAGAAAGUUCUACAUGUUUUGGAGAUGACAAAAAUGGGGGAAUUGGGAAAAGUUGUAGUAAUGAUUUAUCCAAUUGUGAUAAAAAUAAACCUUCCAAAAGUUUUACACUUAAAAGAUAUUUAUCAAGCAAUACAAUUGAUAAUGGGAAACCUACUGACUUAAGUAAAGAUAUUGAUAAAAUAUGUUUAGAAGGAAAAAAAAUAAAUUUAAAUGAUUAUGUAAUUAAUAGCUAUCCUGUAAAAUUUAUUCAAAAAUAUGACUUAUUAGUUUUUUAUCAAGGUGAAACAAUAUUAGUAGAUGGAAUAAAAAUGAAUGAUGAUGUUACAGUUAUUAAUGAAAGUAUGAUAAGUGGUGAAUCAAAUGGAAUAAAUAAAUAUAAAGGGGAUAAAAUAUAUGCUGGAUCUAAAUGUGCUGAAGGUAUAUGUAUACUAUAUAUUUCUGAUGUAACAAAAAGGAACUAUAUUGAAUAUGUUAAGAAAAUUUUAGAUGAAGUUAAUUCUAAAAAAACAGAUCUCCAAUUAUAUGCCGAUAAGAUUGCUAGUAUCUUUAUUCCAUUUAUUAUAAUAUUAUGUAUUGUAAUAUUUUUAAUUUGGUUUUAUUUAACAUAUUUUGGUUUUGUAAAUAUUAGAAACGAGAAUUAUUUUAAAUUAAAUAGAUUUUUAUCUUGUAUAUUUUUUUCGAUUCACUUUUCAUUAUCAGUUUUAUGUGUCGCAUGCCCAUGUGCAGUAGGUUUAGCUAGCCCAUUGUCAAUAGCUAUCAGCUCAUAUAUAUGCAGUAAUAUUGGAAUUAUUAUAAAAAAUAUUAAUAUUUUUGAAAUUCUUCUUAAUUGUAAUCAUUUUAUAUUUGAUAAAACAGGGACAUUGACAGUUGGAAAACCUGUUGUUAAUAAAAUUUUUAUUUCAAAUAAUUUCGAAACAUUUGUUGAUCAGUUAUUGAAGGAUAGACCUGGAAACAAUUUAGAAAUCGAUUGGGAAUAUGCAAAAAAUAUUAAAAAUAUGGAUUCUAUGUCAAAUAAUGAAGGAGUAUUAGGGAAUAAUAGUAAUUAUAGAGAUGGUGGAAUUGGUUUCUUUAAAGGAUUGGGUGGUUCCAAACAUAUUUCCGAUGCUUAUAACAAGAUAGAAGAUUAUGGAAAAGUGUCAAAUUGUCAAAAUGGUGAAUAUAUGGAGGUAUAUGAUAUGCAUGAUAAUGAUCCUUCGAAUCUUCUAAAACAAUGUAAAGGGAAAAAUUCGAUUAUAAAUUCAUCACAAGGGAAAUAUAUGAAAGAUGGUAAAAAAUGUUUGAAUUAUUUAGAAAGCUUUAAUUGUGGCGGUAAAGAUGUAAAAUUUUAUUGCUUUUCAACUGAAAAUGAUAAUGAAUACAAAAUGAGAAAAGCAAUGAGAUUAAAACAAAAUAGACAACGAGAAGGUGGUAAAAAAAAUAGAGAUGAAAAUGAUAUGUAUCUUAAUUGUAGUGGAAAACAAACAUUUUUAAAUUAUUUUAUGUCAUUAGUAAAUUUAAAAAAAUAUAGACAAUAUAACAAUAAGAAUAUUAACUGUAGUAAUAAAUAUGAUAAAUCAUUUGACAAAUCAUUAAAAGAACAUUUUAUAAAUAAUUCUGCUGUUGAAUUUUCUUCGGAUGAUGAUUCAUAUUCUAGUGAAACAAGUAGUGAGUAUAUUUUGGCAGGAUCAUGUAAUAAUAAAAAAUAUUCGAAAUCUGAAAAUCAUGGAAACUAUAUUGAUAGCAAUUAUGGCAAUCGUUAUGAUAAUAAUCUAAUAGACGUUAUAAAUAAUAUAGGAAAUAAUAAUAUGAUAAAUAGUUCAAAUAAUUUAUCUUUUUCUGAUGAAAAAGAUUUAAAAGAGAAAUUAUGUAAUUGGAUAUAUUUAUUUUUAGGACUAAGUUUAAAUGUCGAAAAAUAUAGUAACCAUUUAUAUGCUGAGUCUAUUAAUUCUUUUAUUAAUAGCUAUUAUUUAAUAAAUAAUGCAUUUGAUGUUAAUAAUAUAAAGAAUGAAAAAAACCAAGGAAUUACUGGUAUAAUAAAUGAAUUGUCAAUAACUAUAGGCACAUUAUUUUACUGCUAUACAAAAUAUAAAAACACUUAUUGUAAUAAAAUGGAAAAUUUUUCUGAAGAAAAACUAAAUAUAAAAAACUUUGAAAAAUAUUUAUAUUCUUGUGAUUGUAGUGUGCAUAAAACUUAUCAAUUUUUAUAUAAUUAUUCUAAUAGCAAAAAAAAUGAAAGCCAUAACAUGAUUUUUAUGGGUAUUGAAGGAAUAAUAGUGGGCUUUUUCAUUUUAGUAGAUGAUAUUAAACCGCAAGCAUUUGAUUUAAUUAAUCAUUUAAAAGAAGCGAAAAAACAAAUUUAUGUAUGCACAGGUGAUAAUUAUACUAAUGCUAUAUAUAUUUCAAAAAUAUUGGGAAUACCAAAAAGUAAUGUCUCUUCAAAUACUUUACCUAUGGAGAAGGCUCAAUUUGUUAAGAAAAUACAGGCUUUGAACGAUGGAAAAGUAUGUAUUAUUGGAGACGGUAUAAAUGAUUGUUUUGCCCUGAAAACUGCUGAUUUAGGAUUAUCAUUAUGCACACGAUCAAAUAUUGUAAUGGACAGUGCUGAUGGAUGUAUUGUUGAUAAUGAUAUAAGUGCUAUAAUAAAAUUAAUUGAAAUAAGCAAAAAAACCAUACUAGUUAUAAAAUUUAAUUUUCUAUUUUCUUUCUUUAUUAAUAUAUUUUUUAUUUUAUUGGCAAGUGGAGCUUUUUAUGCCUUAGAUUUUGUAUUUUCUCCUUUCCAUUUCACAUUCCUAAUGUUUUGUAGUUCAAUUAUUGUGAUAUUAUCGUCCCUAUCCUUGAAGUUGAUUCUGAAAAAUGUAUGA